AUGGCUAGAGACUACUGGGUUGAGAGCAGCCCCUCCGGUCGCCCCCGCUUCGUCAAGACUAGCCACCUACGACGCUCCAACACCCACGAUGGCAGCCAGUCGUCACGCAGCCGUCGCGUCGACUUCCUUGAUGUCACGCGGGCGGAGUACGACAGUCUCCGCCAGGCCAACGAGGAUCUACUCCGCGAAAACUACACGUAUAAGACAAACUGGCAGUCGUGUGACGCCGAGGUCAGAAGGCUCCGCGGCGUCGUGCCAACACUCGAGGCCGAAGUACGCACCCUAGACUAUGAGAACCAGCAGCUGAGGGGCCGGCUCGAGGAGAGUGAGAAAUAUACCGGAGGCGGCUACCACGAGAGCCGUCACAGAGAAGACGAGGUGAGGAGGCUGAGAUACAAGAACACGAAAUUACGCGACGAGAAUGAAACAUUGCGAGCGAGGAUGGGUCGCUUCGAGCGAGACCUGCGGGACGGUCUGAGCGACCGGGCCCGAAGGCUGAGUGAAGAUCUUGGAAUGUGGAAGAGGCGCUACUCGAAGCUGGACGAUGACCUCGAGAGGCUGUACCACAAGCUGGACUCGGUCGAGAAGCGAAACCGCCGGCUCGAGUCGAUGAACGAGAGCCUGGCGAGGCAGGACCGGAAGCUGCGGCAGGAUGUGGAUUACUACCAGUCCAUACUGAGGCGGCAUGGGAUCACGAGAUGA